CAGGGAGCGGCGCAGGGCGGGCGCAUGGCGGGUUCCGCGGGGCUGUCGCUGUGCGGGCGCGCGCUGGCGGUGCGGGGCGGCUGCCGGCUGCUGGCCAGCCCCGCUUCGAGCAGUGACGAUGACAGCGUCUUCAUAUAUGAUUGCAGUGCUGCAGAAAAGAAGGCACAAGAGCAUAAAGGGGAGGAUGGACAGCCCGUGGAUAAGGGGAGUGACACGAUUCUGGCGUCCACCUUCUCGAAGUCUGGCAGCUAUUUUGCUUUAACUGAUGACAGUAAGCGUCUGAUUCUUUUCCGUACAAACCCAUGGCAAUGUCUGAGUGUCAGGACCGUGGUGAGGAGGUGCACGGCCCUGACCUUCACGGCCUCCGAGGAGAAGGUUCUGGUGGCGGACAAGUCUGGAGAUGUUUAUUCCUUCCCGGUGCUGGAGCCGCACGGGGGCGGCACGCUUGAGCUGGGACACCUGUCGAUGCUGCUGGACGUGGCUGUGAGUCCUGACGGCCGCUACGUCCUCACUGCUGACCGGGACGAGAAGAUCCGGGUGAGCUGGGCCGUGGCUCCACACAGCAUCGAGUCCUUCUGCCUGGGGCACACCGAGUUCGUGAGUCGCAUCUUCGUGGUGCCCGACCACCCCGAGCUGCUCUUGUCCUCCUCCGGGGAUGGCACCCUGAGGCUCUGGGAGUACAGGAGCGGCCGUGAGCUGCAUUGUUGCCACCUGACCAGCCUGCAGGAGCCGGCAGAGUCCCAGAGCGACAAGAGGUUUGCUGCGUCCAGGAUCACUUACUGGUGCCAGGAGGACUGCGUGGCACUCCUGUGUGACGGGCUGCCGGUGGUCUACCUCUUCCAGCUGGACGCCCCCCAGCGGCAGCUGGUCUACAAGCAGCAGCUGACUUUCCAGCACAGAGUGUGGGACGUGGCCUUCGAGGAGACCCAGGGGCUGUGGGUCCUGCAGGGCUGCCGGGAGGCCCCCCUCGUGCUCUGCAGGCCCGUGGGCGGCCAGUGGCAGCCUGUUCCCGAAAGUGCCGUGUUGAAGAGGGUCUCCGCUCACCUUCGGGAGCACUGGGCCAUGUUGGAAGGCUCUGCUGGUGCAGACGGCGGCUUCAGCAGCCUCUACAAGGCCACCUGCGACAACAUGACCACUUACCUGAAGAAGAAGGAGGAGCGGCUGCAGCAGCAGCUGGAGAAGAAGCGGCGCAGGGACCCACCGCCCGGGCCCAACGGGCAGACCAAGAAGAUGAAGGCGGGGGAGGCGCCGCGGAGCUGCUCCUCCUAGCGUUAGGGACGUGCCUCGGGGACACGCCUCGGGGUUGCUCCUCGGGGAUGCUUCUCAGGGACACUCGCCGCCUCGGGGCAGCGGGGUGUCGUGCUCGCCCCUCCCGCCUGCAGCUCCUGGCGAAGGCCAAGGGGACGUCAUUCCCGACUCAGGCUGGGGGGCGGCGAGGUCCAUCCCGGCUCAGCGGACACCUGGGGCCAUGGACGGGACCCUGGGCUCUAGAACAUUCUGUCGCUGAGCAGACCCCCUCUGGGCGGAGGGAAGCCGUGCAACGUGUCAGCCGCUCCGCGUGGGCAGCAAGUGCUUCCCACCGUCCCUUCACGGUGUCGGGAACAGCACCCCGAGGUUGUGCGCUUGUCCUCUCCGGCUCGUCCUGCGCGGCGUCCCCUAGGGGAGCCUGGAAGCGGACGUCGUUACAGCGGGGCGGUGGAUACCUGGGCUUUUCUGUGGUCACCUGGCCCUCCUGGGUGGUCUGCCAUGCUGUCCAGCAGAUGGCCGCGGGCUGUAGGCCUAAGAGGGGUUAAAUCCUCAGUCCUCAGGUGGCACUGGCUCCAGUGCUCAGGCUCCUUGGCGUGCGGCGAGCUCAUCGCCAGUGCUGGUGGGGAUGUUGGUGGGGACGUGGGCUUGUCCGUGAGGACAAGGACGCAUGAGGACGGAGGAGCCCCGCUGGACACUCAUCUGCAGGGAAGUGAUGGGUGAUGCCGUGUACGCUUGUUUUUGACUUGAACUUUUGCACAUGCUGCAGGGCAGGAGGGUCAACUGAAUUCUAAUGACUGGUCGAUAAAGAUGAGCUUUUUUGCAGCUUCUGGAAAUUUUAGCAGCAGCAUGUGAAACUAAUCUCAAAAACAUAUUGAGCGGAACCAUUUUUGAUGAGCGUGCUGUUUCUGAUUGAAACAUUCGCUUUUUGAUUUGAAGAAGAACGUUUGUUUGGUUUCACGGGAUACUUGGAAACAGACCAUUUUGUGCAUCAAAGGCUGGAACACUUCACAUUUUUCCUAAGUGCCUCGUUUUGCUUUAAACUCUGAUCUGAAAAGAGUGCUGUUUGUGACCCGCUCAGGGUCACUUCCCACCAGGGACAUCAGGACUUCCCCACGUCGGGGGCUGGCUCAGCCAGAGGCGGAGAGCAGCGGGGGUGCGCCUGGGACGGAAUGGGGUGCCUGGGCAGAGUCGGGGCGCCCUGGCCGUGGUCCCGUAGGAGGAGCCUGGCCUUGGUAGCACUGCUUUGGGCACAGGAAGUGUUUUUGUUAAUAAUCUGCUCUGAAACCAGUAAAAACCAAUAAUUCUUGGUUUUACAGGAAAUGUAGGUUUGUUCUUGUUGGUGUCUUGGUCUGAUAGGGGUCAGCAAACUGGCUCGCAGGCCACAUCCUGCCCGUUGACCAAUUUCCUGUGGUCUGUGAGCUAAGCAUAGUUUUUAGAUUUUCAAAUGGUUGAAAAAAAUCAAAAGAAGAAUAUUUCGAGAUACAUGAGUGUCCUUAAAUAAACUUGUACUGGGACACGACCACGCCUGCCUGUUUGGAGGUGGUCAGUGUUGGCUUUGGGGCUGCAACAGUGGGGUGGGGUGGUUGCCACGGAGACCAGAUGGCCUGCACAGUCUAAGAUGCUUAUUAUCUGGUCCUUCACACAGAGGCUUGUCAGUCCACGUGAAGGUGUCUCUUAAAUCUGUGUAGUGUUUUAAAUGAGCUGGUUCAUUUCCCCGCGUUCCUUGUGGUCCCUGAGGGCAGGUAGGUGGAGCAGCCUCUGAAACCCUGUGUCCCGGCUCCGGGCGGUGGGGACGGCGUUGAGGGGUGUGUGAGGCUGGCCUCCCGCACCUGACGUAGGUUAGCAGGUAGUGCCCGGCAGUCUGUCCAGAGAGCAGAGUGCAGGUGAGAGGAGCCGCGAAAAUCUGCGUUUCCGGGGAUUGUUUUCAAGUUCCUUACAUUCUUAUCAAAGCUACGCGUGCACAUGUCAGAGACCAGACUGUACUGACAGGCUGACUGACCGUGAUCCAGUCUGCUCCUUCUCCCACACCCCCUCCCCACUUGGGUGACCCAAGCCUCUGUUCCGGGGGCGUCGGCCACCGGGAGCCCAGCAGCAGGUGGGGGGAGUGCGGUGUCCUUCCCCGUGGGCUGCAUCCCUCUAGGACUGUAGCCUCCUGGGGGCUCUGGCUCCACGUGGCCCCGGAGGCAGCGGUGGCUUUUUGGUCCUGACACCCUGUCCACGCCUCUGGAAUUAGUCCUUCCAUCAAAGGGCUCUAACGGAUCGCAGGUGAGCGUGGGCCGAGGUCUCGCUGGAACCUGACUUAGAGACUGUGCGUGCUCACGGGCCCCUGGUUGUCCCGAAGUUUCUUUUCCGGUUGGUGGGCGCAGACCCGCCAGGACCCCCCGUUGCGUUCCCUGGGCUUGUCUCUUCACCUACAGCAGCAGCACCCCCGCCUCCCUCCGUGGCUUUGCCUUGAGAGACCGGGUCUGUGGUCAGCUGAUUUGAAAAGCAGUUUCUUUGUCUCUUGACCUUCGGGAGCCGAGGGGCUACGUUGGCUUUCUUACCCCUUUACUUUUACUUAUCUCCCAUUUUCCAUUCUCUUUUAGUGUCUGUAUGUUUUGCUUUUGGGGAGGUCCCUUGAGCUUUGUUCCAGCUCAUUUAUUGAUUUUUUUUUAAAGGCCUGGUUAUCGUCAUUUUGAGUUCUGAGUGGUUUUGUUCCUUCGUUUUGAUGCUGGUAUGCAGCUGGCGAGUGCACGGAAUGCACAGACGUCACCAGCUGCUACACGCGUGUAAGGGCCCCCGCAGCAGCGGAGUGGUCCCCAGGCUCCUUCCGUCCCACGCGCUGCCCAGGCCGACCUGACGCGCCGGCUUGCCGCUUCUCACGCUGCUGUGUGUGGUCGUGGUGGUGGCUGUGUCGUUUUCUGUUGCUGCUCCCCAUGUGGAAACACCUCAGUGCGCCCACCCCGCUGCCCGUGGGCGUGUGAGGAGUUCCCAGACCUCGGCUGCGAUGAGCGUCUGGUCCCUGCCCUGGAACUCGCGUAAGCACUUCUGUCGGGAGUGCCCUUGCUGGCCCGCAGUCACUUGGACGGUGCAGCCCACCCUUGUUAGUGUAACGCCCACUGUGAGUGUAAAAGUCGGUACAUUUUCUUCAUCAGCGUUUGAGGUUUAAUUUUGCAAAGGUGCAAGCUUGGAGUUGUGGGCCACUGUGUGGGAGCCAGUGAAGCUGUCCACUUUGUGUCGAGACUUAAACUUGAUCUUGUUCUCAGCAGGGUUACCUUAAAAAAGCGUGGGUCAGCACACGGGGGGAUGCCAGCACAGGGUCACGAGGACACUCAGGCCUGCAGGCAGGUCAGCAUGGCAAGGAACUGAGCCUCCUGCCAACAGCUGGCGACUGACCGUCCUGGGAGAUCUUUCUAGUAUAAAUGUGGAGAAUGUGCUGUGUUUUUCCUGCAGCACCGUUGCCUGAGUCCUGUGUGUGUUGACGUGUAUUUUUCUUUCUAAUUUCCAUUGUGAUUUCUUUGUUCCAUGGGCUAUGUGGAAGUGUGGUUUAAUUUCCAGAUGUCUGAUGUGUUUUCUUCAGAUUUUAAAGAUUGGUUUCUGGUUUUAAUUUCAUUGUGGUCUCAAUAUACUUUGAUUUCUUUCCUUUUAGGUUUAUUGAGCCUUGUUUGAUGCUCCACAGUAUGGUGGUGGUUUCACGUGCCCUGGAGGAGAAUGCGUCCCGCCCUUGUUGGCUGGAGGAGGGGCCUCUAAGUGUCCAUCGGGUUGGGUUGGGGAUGCUGUAGGUCGUUACCAAUUUCAGGAACAGCACCACCGUCCUCCUGAUUCCUGUGUACCCUCGUCACCUCCUGAAAGCAGUACCUGAAUGUCUAACUCUGUGGAAUUGUCUCGUUUUCCAUUGUCCUAGUGGUUUCUGCUUCCUGGGUUUAAAACUUCUGAUAUUUGGUGCUCCCACGAGGAGGAGUGUGUGUCCUGAUGAGGGAUGUCUGUCCCUGGUCCUCUUCUUUGCUCUGAAGUGUAGGUUAUCUGACGGUUACAGCCGCUCCGAGUCGGUGUUAGCAUAGAAUUUCUCUUCUCAUCCCUUUUAACCUGUGUAUGUGUUUAUAUUUAAGGUUUGUUUUUGUUUUUUUUGGUAGACAAUGUCUUUUUAUCCUCCAAAUUUUGGAUUUUAGUGGAAAUUCAACUGAAACACAUCUGUGGUCUAAAGUGUUCAUUAGUCGCUUUGAAAAGUUUGAAAAAGCAGAUAAAACUAAUUUUGAGAAUAUAGUCCAUUUAACCAAAUACAGCAAAAAUAGUGUUUCAACCUGCAGUCUAUAUACAGGUUAUUCAUGAGCUAUUUUACAUUUAUGUUUAGUCCUAAUUGUUAGACAUCUUGUGCGUACUUUACAUACGCCCGGCCCCUGUCUCAGAAAGCCGGGCAGCCUAGAUCAGCUGCGUGAAAGGCCUUGCCCUGCCCUUCUCACACCCUAAUUCCCACUCUUAAGCCGCAAAUCAGCCCGUAAAGAGUGACCCUUGGCAGCCCUGGGCACCCCAGCGUCCAUCCCAAUAGAGGCAGCGCCCCAGGCCCACACGCUUGCGCACGUGCUGUCUCCUCGCGGCCGCGCUGGGUGGCCCUCGGGCAUCCUGUGUCCUCCAGGACUGAGGAAUAAACCCCGUUCCUCCAAGUUCGCUGACGGCUUUUGCUGAAGUGCGUCCUACAACCGCAAGAACCAGACGGGCUGGUGCAACCACAACUUUCGCCUUGGUGGGGAAAACGUCUGGGGGCUCCCUGGGAGUAAUUUGGGUUGUACGGGGCACGUGUGCAGUUUCGUAGGGAAGCUGCAUGCCGAGCCCAGGCUGGCUGUGUCAUUUCCACUCCUGUGGGCGGUUUCUCGGCAUCCUCACCAGCAUUUGGUGUUAUCGCUGUUUUAUCGUAUGUGAGCUCUGAGAGUCCUUUAUUCAAGUUCUUUGCCAGGUAUAGUUUGCAAAUGUUUUCUCCCAGGUGCAGCUUCUCUUUUCAUCCUUUGAACGCAGGCUCUUUAGCAAAGCAAACAUGUUCAGUAUUGAUGGCGUCCAGUUUAUCAGGUUUUCCUUUGGCGGAUGGUGCUUUUGGUGUCAGGAACCCUUUUCCUAGCCCUAGCCCCUAAGGAUUGUCUCCUGCGAUAUUUCUAGAAGUUUCAUAGUUUCAUGUUUUACACUCAAGUCCAAGAUCCAUCAUGAAUUAGUUUGUAAGAUGUCAAGUUCUGUUCUUUGUGGAUGUCUGCUUGCCCGGGCAGCGCUUGUUGGAAAGACUGCCUCUCCUCCAUUGACUUGCUGUUGUGGCCUUUGUUGUGGAAGGGUAUUUUCACGUGAUGUAGCUCUUUAAUUUCGGUUUCUUUGGAAAAGUUCCUGCUCUGUCUUCAGGCCGCUCUGGUCUCUGCAGUGUCCGUUCCCCUCUGUGCUGGUGGCCUCAGCGUCUGAGCACAGAGUCCACGCCCAGCUUUGUGUCCCUGCAGCUGGAGCCUCUGCCUUUUCCUUUGCGGGUUGGCACGAUGGAAGGCGUGGUCAGUGGAGGUUGCCGGGGGGUGGGGGUGGGGUCACUGCAGGAGGAUGGGGCUGUUGCUCAGGGGCCCAGAGGCCUUCCUUCCUGGGCUGUGCUGUGCCCGCAAGCAGCAUGGAGUGCUCAGUGACACCCCAGUGGGCUCCCAGGGCACGUCCACAGCACCCCAGCGGGAGGCGUCCUGGCAUGUGUCCUGGCAGCACGUCCAGCUCCCAGGGAGUGUGUCUCCUGGUGCCCCGGUGAGUUGCUGGAACCCUGGAAGGAGGCUUUUUGCUCACCAGCCCUGGCCUGCGGGACCUCGGCAGCGCCACCGGCGGGCGGGUCACAGCCACACCCCUUCAGACGAGGUCCAGUUUCCUCCCUGCCACCCCCUGCGGGAUGCUUCCAUCUCCCUGCAGUCCACAGGUGCCACGCUUCUCAGGCCUGUUCCUUGGACCCUCUGCCUCCGUCCUGGGGGUGCUGGCUGCUCCCAGACCUCAGCUUCCUCUGUUCUUUAAGGUUCUUUCACUUUACUGCGCAGCCCUCUGUUCCUGUUCAACAGUUCUUCAUAGAAGAGCUCUCCUCCUCAUGUUGUCUGUGUGGUCUCUGCCUCUUGACUGAUAUGCCUUUGUUUCCCGCGGUACGUGAUGCGUCUUCUUUCCCUGGCUUCUUUUUUUUUUUUUUAAGGUUUUUUUUUUUUUAUUGGAAUAUAAUUGCUUUACACUCUUGUACCAGUUUUUGAGGUACACCAAAGUGAAUCAGCUGUAUUUAUACACAUAUCCCCAUAUCCCCUCCCUGCCACGACUACCCCUCACCCCUCCCCGUCCCGGCCCUCUAAGGCAUCAUCCAUCAUCGAGUUGCUCUCCCUUUGUUAUCCAGCAACUUCCCACUGGCUGUUUUACAGUUGGUAGUAUAUAUAUGUCUAUGCUACUCUCUCACUUCGUCCCAGCUUCCCCUUCACCCCCCGCCCCCCCCCCCCCCAAACCCGUGUCCUCCAGUCCAUUCUCUGCAUCUGCAUCCUUAUUCUUGUCUUGUCACUGGGUUCAUCAGUACCAUUUUUUUUUUUUUAGAUUCUGUAUAUAUGAGUUAAAAAUCUAGAAACAACAAAUGUUGGAGAGGGUGUGGAGAAAAGGGAACUCUCUUGCACUGUUGGUGGGAAUGUAAGUUGGUACAGCCACUAUGGAGAACAGUUUGGAGGUUCCUUAAAAAACUAAAAAUACAACUACCAUAUGAUCCAGUAAUCCCACUACUGGGCACAUACCCAGAGAAAACCAUAAUCCAAAAAAAAACCAUGUACCACACUGUUCACUGCAGCACUAUUUACAAUAGCCAGGACAUGGAAGCAACCUAAAUGUCCAUCCACAGAUGAAUGGAUAAAGAAGAUGUGGCACAUGUAUACAAUGGAAUACUACUCAGCUAUAAAAAGGAAUGAGAUGGAGCUAUAUGUAAUGAGGUGGACGGACCUAGAGUCUGUCACACAGAGUGAAGUAAGCCUGGCUUCUUUUAAAGCCCUCCUCUCAUCACUGGUUUUCUAUAAUUUGAUCAUGGUGUGCUUUGGGGGGUGUGUGUGUGUUUAUCCUGUUUAGCAUUUGUUGAGUUUCUUAGGCCUGUGGAUUUAUCGUUUUUAUCAAAUUUGGAAGUUUCCAAGUAUUACUUCUUCACAUGUUUUUCCCACCCCCUCUCUCCUUGCCUCCUGCGGCGCCAGCCCUGGCUGUUCCAGACUGCUGGCUGCCGGCUCCCAGGCCGGCGAGCCUCGGCGGCGCCCUCCGGCCUUUUCCUCUGCGUGCCUCCCUGUGGGUAGAUGCUGUUUCUCACCUUCACGUUCCCUUGUCUUUUCUUCUGUGGCGUCUAAGCCGCUGUCAAUCCGAGGCUGAGCAUUUUCCACAUCAGAUACUGUAUUUUCCAUCUCUGUAAUUUCAAUUUUGUUCUUUUACUAUCGUCCCUCUCUCAUCAUACUCCUUUAAAAAAAUGUCCUUGAGCUUGUGGUGAAGACGUAAAACGAUCGUUUUCAGUUAAUUUCAGUUUCUCUGUCCUCCUUGGUCUGUUUCUGCUGACUGGUUGCCUUCUGUUCACGGCGCCCAUUUUCCUGCUGCUCAGUGGGUCCAGGAGGUUUUUGUCGGGUGCCUGAUGUGACGUUUUCACGGCUGAGUACUCACUUUAUUAUCUUCCUUUAAAGACUGUCUCUCUCUUCCUGGCAGGCGGUUAAGCGCCUGCCGAUUAAGUCGAUCUUCUGGGGUCCGGUGUUGAGCCCGUUAGGGCGGCUCUGGAGCAGCCUUUAGAGGGGUCGCCUGCCCCCCUUCUCAGGCCAGCCCUGCAGGCAUCCCUGUUGAACACCGUGUGUUCGUGAAACCUGCCCGUGCUGGGCUGGUCGGAGUGGCCUGCGAUGACCCCUGGGUCUGGGAAUUGUUCUGUCCUCACACGUACUCGUGAGCCUUGCAGGGUUUCACCCACACGUGUGCAGGCUGGUGUUGGAGCACAGGCCCCAGGGGACCCCGGGCAGCAUCCCCUCACCUGUGCAGAGCCCUCUUCGCAGGCGCCCUGCCCCACAGCCCACCUGGACCUGCCCUCCCUGGGCUGCGGCGGGAGAAUUGAGGCACAAAGUCCUCAGGCUGUGCCACCGGGUUUCAGGUCGGUCCUGGGGGGAGGAUGUCCAGACCCCCGUGCCGCCUGUGGUCUGCAGUCGAGUCACAUGUGUCCUGUGGUGAGCGAGGCCCGGCCUCUCGUCUCUGACCUGCCCGUGACCGUCCUUGGCCCAGGUGCUUGGCUGUGUUUCCUGGGGGGAGGGGCUGACUUGAAGGUGACCUUUCCAGCCUUUCCUGUUAUGUGAAUUGCACAUCUUUCCCAAAAAUGUGACUUUUGGCUUUUUUUUAGAUGUUUUCUUUUUAAUAUGGCCUUUUUUUUUUGGUAGUCAAAUUUAUCCCUAUUUUUAUGAUGUUGGAGUCUCACACUGUAUUUGGGAAGGUUUGCUCCACUCUACACACCUUUGACACAGCUGGUUUAGGAGGGGGGUGUGCAGCAGAAGCGUGGGACUGAGGACAGGACAAGCCCACCUGACGUGGGGAGGAACGUGUGGGAAGACUGUGACUCCCGCAUCAAACGCCGUGUAUUCCCCCCACCCACCCCCCCGCCGCCCCCAAGCCUGGCUUUUUACCCGUGAAAUGGAAGCAAGGCGGUGCUAAGAUUCACAGUGGGAUUUGCCCGUUUUUGAAGCAGAAAAUCACCAGCCUGACAUUUGCUGUUAUGUUUCGCUGGUUCCGAUUCCACAAAGAAACGAAAGAACUGAAAUAAUAAAGCUGUGUUCAU